CUUUGGCAUGGCGUCGUUGCAGGGUUAAAUUAUUGGUCCAAAUCAGUCCAGCCAAACCCGCCACACUUCAUAAAGCCCAGUCCGUCUACGUUCUCGAGAAAGUCCAAAUGAUCAGAAUCUCAAGAUCGCCCGGGAGCAUUCUAGCUUAUUUUAUGGCCACUGACAGAGGCACAUAG